GUGUUCUUCGAGAAGUUUCAGCAUUACGCAGGUACUUUCUGAACGUGCAGAAGCAAUCGAGGUAUAGCUGGAGGUUAUGAAAAAUAGCAUGCAUUUACUCUGUAAUUUAGGCAAAUAGUCAAAGGUAAAACAGAACUUUAGAUAGCAACAGUGAGCAGGCUGAGGCCUGACCUUUGAUUCACCUGUAAAGGAGACAGCGGUACAAUUACAACAAGCAACACUUAACUGGAUUAUUACUAUGUGGCAUUGUGUCAACUGGACAAAUCAGUGCUGUUAUUUUUGAAGCUGGGAAAGCUAGAAGAUAACUCUAGAAGUUUGCCUCCAGCGUUCCACAGCCACUGGGUUAAAACACCCCACCUAUGCAUUUUUACGGAUACUUUAAAGGGUGAUUUUCAUGUAAGCUAGCCAUUGAAACCUUCUUUCAAGAAACAGUCUCUGAUUAUAUAAGUUGUAUGUAGGAGCAAUUUCCAAAUUAUGAACCGGCGGAAACAAUACGCGGGAAGGUUAACAAAGAUGCCCCCACGCCUUUCCUGGCCUCAGUUUCUCUAAACCGAAAGGCUUAGUCCAGUCCCUUCCUUGUCACAACCUCUACUCCCAGACCCUUCUACAGAUUGCUGCCAGAGCUGCUUUAAAGAGUACAUCUUCCCUUUGGACCUGAGGGCGGGGCGAAAGAGGCCGGCCACGUGACUUCCUUCCUCCCCAGCGCGCCUGCGUGGCCGGCCUCCUAGCAACCCGUGCAUCCCGCCUAACGACGCCCGGGCACCGCGGUUGGCUGUGGCAGCGGCUGUGCGCCUCCCGCGGGCGGUGCCGCCGGAAGCCCCUCCCGGGGCCGCGGCUCGGUGGCUGGCUGGCCGCGGCUGUCACUCCGGGGCGUUUUCCCCCAGCCGGCGCUCAGCUGGGGCGGAGGAAGAGGCGGCCGGGGCCUGCCGAGCCGUUGCAGUCUUCGCGGCUGCUAUGCCCAGGGAGCGCAGCGCCCUCCGCAGCCCCGCGCAGCGCUAGAGGCGGUCGAGCGCUCGCCGACGCCGCCCGGAUUCCCGGUGCCUCCGCUCCCCGAGUCCCGCAGCUCCCGCGGCUCCUCCGGCGCUGCCUGCGAGGCCAGGCGGAGGCGAGAUGAAGAUGACGGUGGAUUUCGAGGAGUGUCUGAAGGACUCGCCCCGCUUCAGGGCCGCAUUGGAGGAAGUGGAGGGCGAUGUGGCUGAACUGGAACUGAAGCUGGACAAGCUUGUGAAACUUUGUAUCGCGAUGAUUGAUACCGGCAAAGCCUUUUGUCUUGCAAAUAAACAGUUCAUGAAUGGGAUUCGAGACCUGGCCCAGUAUUCUAGCAAUGAUGCUGUGGUUGAGACAAGUUUGACCAAGUUUUCUGACAGUCUCCAAGAAAUGAUAAAUUUCCAUACAAUCUUGUUUGACCAAACUCAGAGAUCAAUUAAGGCGCAGCUUCAGAACUUUGUCAAAGAAGAUCUUAGAAAAUUCAAAGAUGCCAAGAAACAAUUUGAAAAAGUCAGUGAAGAAAAGGAAAAUGCGCUAGUGAAAAAUGCCCAAGUUCAAAGAAACAAACAACAUGAGGUUGAAGAGGCCACGAACAUCCUCACAGCCACACGGAAGUGCUUCCGGCACAUAGCCCUUGACUACGUCCUUCAGAUUAAUGUGCUUCAAUCAAAAAGGAGAUCAGAAAUCCUGAAAUCAAUGCUGUCCUUCAUGUACGCACAUCUGGCCUUUUUCCAUCAAGGGUACGACCUGUUCAGUGAGCUCGGACCCUACAUGAAGGAUCUUGGAGCACAGUUGGAUCGACUGGUUGUGGAUGCUGCAAAGGAGAAAAGGGAGAUGGAGCAAAAGCAUUCUACUAUCCAACAGAAGGAUUUCUCCAGUGAUGAUUCCAAGCUAGAGUAUAAUGUAGAUGCUGCGAAUGGCAUUGUCAUGGAAGGGUAUCUGUUCAAACGAGCCAGCAACGCCUUCAAAACGUGGAACAGACGCUGGUUCUCCAUACAGAACAAUCAGUUGGUUUACCAGAAAAAGUUUAAGGACAGCCCCACCGUGGUGGUGGAAGACCUCAGGCUCUGCACGGUGAAGCACUGUGAAGACAUCGAACGGCGCUUCUGCUUUGAGGUGGUCUCUCCAACAAAAAGUUGUAUGCUCCAGGCAGAUUCCGAAAAGCUUCGCCAGGCCUGGAUUAAGGCUGUUCAGACCAGUAUUGCAACUGCUUAUAGAGAGAAGGAUGAUGAGAAACUGGAUAAGAAAUCAUCUCCAUCAACAGGAAGCCUAGACUCUGGAAAUGAAUCAAAAGAGAAACUGUUGAAAGGAGAAAGCGCGCUGCAGCGUGUCCAGUGUAUUCCCGGCAACACCAGCUGCUGUGACUGUGGCCUGGCAGACCCACGGUGGGCCAGCAUCAACUUGGGCAUUACCUUGUGUAUUGAGUGCUCUGGGAUCCAUCGGAGUCUUGGGGUUCAUUUUUCGAAAGUACGAUCCUUAACUUUAGACACAUGGGAGCCUGAGCUUCUAAAGCUUAUGUGUGAAUUGGGGAAUGAUGUUAUAAAUCGUGUUUAUGAAGCUAAACUGGAUAAAAUGGGAAUAAAGAAACCACAGCCAGGACAAAGACAGGAGAAAGAGGCAUAUAUCAGAGCGAAGUAUGUGGAGAGGAAAUUUGUGGAUAAGGACUCUACGUUGUCCUCCCCUUUUGAGCAGGAGAAAAGAAUCAUCUCCAAAAGCUGUGAGGAGCAGAGGCUGAGCCACAGCAGACUGUCUGUCCACACCUCAGUGGCUGCUGUCAAUAGCGACGAGGCCAGGCGGGAGUCUCUGUUCUGUCCUGAUGAGCUAGAUUCACUCUUCUCCUACUUUGAUACUUCUUCAAAACUGCGUAGUAUCAAAAGUAAUGACAGUGGGAUCCAGCAAGGAUCUGAUGAUGGCCGAGAAUCUUUACCUUCCACGGUGUCAGCCAACAGCUUAUACGAGCCUGAAGGAGAAAGGCAAGAAUCUGUGUUUCUUGACUCUAAACAUCUUAAUCCAGGACUUCAGCUUUAUAGGGCUUCAUAUGAAAAAAACCUUCCCAAAAUGGCUGAGGCUUUGGCUCAUGGUGCAGAUGUGAACUGGGCUAAUUCAGACGAACACCAAGCAACACCACUCAUUCAGGCUGUAUUAGGGGGCUCUUUGGUGACAUGCGAGUUCCUCUUACAGAAUGGUGCUAAUGUGAACCAAAGAGAUGUCCAAGGGCGGGGACCACUGCACCAUGCCACCGUCUUAGGACACACAGGGCAGGUAUGUUUAUUCCUAAAGCGAGGUGCCAAUCAACAUGCCACUGAUGAAGAGGGGAAGGACCCUUUGAGUAUAGCCGUGGAAGCAGCCAAUGCAGACAUAGUCACCCUGUUACGCUUAGCAAGAAUGAACGAAGAAAUGCGGGAAUCAGAAGGACUUUAUGGACAGCCAGGUGAUGAAACUUACCAGGACAUUUUUCGUGAUUUUUCUCAAAUGGCAUCCAAUAAUCCAGAGAAACUCAAUCGUUUCCAACAAGAUUCACAGAAGUUCUGAGCCUUUUAAAAAGGGGGAAAUUAUGAAAUUUGGUGAAUUCCCAGUGUGUACAACCAAAAACUCAUACUUUUUUUUUUUUUUUUUUACUGCUUUAAUUCUACUUACUUAAUUUUGGUUGACAUUGAAUUAUUUGGAAAAAAUGGUACCCAUUCAUUGGUAUUUUUGUAAAUGAAAACAGUUCCCUCAUAUUUGGGAAAUCCACUAUAGUUCCUCUUUUAUUUAAGAAAAAAAAAAAAAGUCUUUUUAGUGGAUUGUGCUUUUAUGUAAAGCCGUUUCCAGAUCUCAGCCAUCUCUAAGUUCUGGAAUGCUCCACUGUUAGACCCCUGUAUCCUUUGCCGUGGGUGGUAUACUGGUCCCCCGAGAGCAUUCAGUGCCUGUGUCUGUGUCACGUGGGGGCCAGUUACCUUACCUGGUUGGAGGGUGUGUCUCUUCCGUGACUGCCUCGAUUAUUGUCGGUGGGUGGUUCAGAAAUACGUGUGUGCUUUCCGGUAGCGUAGCUGUGGUGCCCACGACCCUGGGUGCAAUCACUAGGACUAGAGAGGGUGCCCCUCAUUCUCUCAGAGGUGCCAUUGCCCUUCAGUACUCCAGCAGGCACUGCUGCCGUCUGGGUGGACCACACGUCAGUCUUCAGAUUUAUUUCAUCUUACGGUGCAAAGACGCUCUUCUUCUUUCUUCAAUCACCAGAGGAAUCGUAGCUCAGUUUUUAUUGUUGGGCUGAUUUCCUAAAACCUUGACAGAUCAUCAGUGUGACACAAAUGGGCUUUAGAAGUUGAAUAUUGUAAAAUUGGGCUUUCAUCAAAACAGUGAUUUCAAAUAUAAUGUAGGGCGUUUUUAUAUUUGGGACUUGUCCAUUUUAAGAUAAUAUAUUUUUUACUGUUUCUCCUGGUGAAAGAAAAACCUCCAUGUAAAGGAAGAGAAAACUUUUUUUCUGUUUAUACUAAAAUUUACCAGCAAUAAAGUCCUUUUAUUUUUUCUACAUUUAUCUUGUGUACUAUACAACAGUAUACGUUCUUUUAAAUUGUAUCUUGUAUAUAGCUUUAGAAUUAAGUAAAAUGUCAUUGACCUCUGAGUUCCAAAAUUAUGAACAUGUGAUACAGUUUGGUCCAAUUUCACCUCUGACUGAUGUGUCUUGUCAAAGUAUGUCGUAAAUGAGUAGUUGCCUUUUAGUUCAUGUCCAGCACCGUUGAUUACAUUAAUUCUUUUAGAAAUUAUUUGUAAGUAGCAUGAUACUCAGCUUCACAGAAACAUUUAAAAAUAUAUAUAAAGUUAUAGUUAAAUAAAAAUUUUAACAUUUUCCCUAUAGUAUGUAGAGCCUUAGUUUGAUUAAAUAUAAAACCAGAGUCUAAGGAGAAAUUAUAUUGGAAUAAAUUGGCAACACUGAUAAGGCUCUGUAGUUUAGCCAAGUUGCAAGCAUGUAAUGCAUAUUUAGUAGGUCACCACACAUUAAGGAUAAGGAUCCACUGUGAUCUGUCCCUGAGGAAGUUCACACCCCCCCAGGUCAAAAGGAUUUUGUCUUUCCUUCUCACUUCAGACUUGCAGAUCAUCUGGACUUACAGGUAUUUUGUUAAAGGCAGAAGUCUAAUUCAUAAUAUUUUAGUUGGUGUGUUUUGAAACUCACUGUCCUAAAAUAUGUUCAAGGAAGAGAGAUAGGCUAAAGAAGGGAAGAUAGGGAAGGGAGCCCGCCUUUCCUCCCUGUGCUCGUUCUUGGCCACCCCUGGAGCCCCUGCCUUGUCUGUGAAGGUGCAGAUGCGGCUCCCUUUGGUUCAGCUGCUGGGGGGGGCCGUUCUUCCAGACCUGCUUGCCGCCCUGGUUCAUGUCAGAAGUUCCUGGUGUGGCAGUCGGUAGUGUCUGCUGCCCUUUAACGGCUAGAGCAUUUUUUUUAAAGCCUUAAAGAUUCAAGUGCAUUUGAAAUGCCUUAAAGAUGAUUGUUGUUCUGAAUAUCUUUAAAGAAAAAAAAAAGCUACAUCUUUUAGCAUUGCACGGAGGCUAGCAAUACAAGACUAUAUUUCUGUGACUUAAUUUUCUUAACGGGCUGACAAAUUGAAUUGCAGAAAGGAGUGGAGUGUAGCAAGGGUUUAAGUUAGUAGUUGUAAAGCAGGUUGGCUCUUCAUGAGUUCUGCUGUGUUCACAAAUCACUUUCUGUGGCAUGUUAUGAAGUAUUCCAUGCACUAGGAGAGAUGAGCAUAUGCAAUGUUCUGAUUGCUCUGUUUUCUCUCCAGGACACACAUGCUGAUAGUAGUUUGAUUCUUUGUUAUUAGUCUGUUAGCUCUUUUUCAUCCUCUCAUUAAUGUAAAAUUUGGAUUACUGCCAAAAUAAGAAUAGAGGCGCCGGGAGGGAUUCAUGAAAUACAGCUUUAAUACGGACAUAGACAAAGGUAACCAAGCAGCCGUUCCCCAGGCUUCACGCGACACAUGUUUAAGAUUCCCAAGGUUUCAAAUUUAAUUUAGUGCAGCCCUUGGAAAUUAAAAAGUUUCCAGCAUUACAAUGUGCCUAAUUAAUUGACGCUGCUGUUUGCUGUAAUUCAAUGAUCUUUGGUAAUUACUUCGCCCAAAGUAAUCCAGCUUUCAACUUGUACUUUAGUAUGUCAAAGCAUUUUAGGAAAAAAAAAAAAUUACACACACAUUUUACAGAAUUUUAAGUUUGUGAUCAUGUUAGCAGUAUUUAAAAAUAAAAUUUUCUGUGUAUUAGAUAUGAUCAUAAGCCAAGUUGUGUUUAAAACUAGCUAUCCACUUUGAAUAAUUAGACAUUUUCAGAUCAUUCAUUCUCAAAUUUACUUCUUGUGUGGUUGCAUUUUGACCAUUAGCAUGGGCUAGAAAAUGUGGGGGGUUUUUUGUUUUGUUUUUUAAACAAGAUCCUAUGUCCAUAAUAACUUCAGUUCAUAUUCUUCUUGGACCUGGGGCUGCUCACAAAGUGAACGGGUGAAACAAAGGAAAGCCAUGAAUCCUCCCUUUUGUAUGCUUUAUGGUGUAUAGUGUACUUGCACGUGACCUUUGCCCUCCUGAUGUUACAGGAGGACUUCUGAGACCUUAGUCCAUCCAUGAGCGACAGCCAUGGCUGUGUCUUCACCUGAGCCUGCUCCUCUUGUUUUACAGAGACGGUCACUUGGUUUGCAGAGCUGACCCGUGACCCAUGUCUGACAUAUGCUUCAAAAGCACUUGUGACAUGAAAGGGUGUGCAAUCACCGUAAAACGGCAGCUUUCCCUGUGUUUGAGAAGGGGCUCCAAGUACUCUGGAGAACCUCACACAUCGGCAUUUGAAAGCAUUGCAUUGUAGAGAAGUCUACAUUUUUUUACAAUAGCAAACAUUAAUAAAAACAAAAUAUUAUAAAGUUAAACUCAUCUGUUAGCUUCUCAAUGUUUUCUAACGAAACAUAACUAUAGGAAGGGCUUGGAUUCAGUCUGGCUGAAUCCUACCACCUAGAAGGAUGAUUUUUGUGGGUAUCUCUUUCUGUUUACAUAGAGGGGGAUCAUGUGGACAAAGAAAGAUUUAAUUAAACACAAUCUUUCUUUGCAUUGGUCUUCUCACUAUCUUAUUUUGUAGAUCUUUCUCAUCUCCCAGCCUUAUUUUGGGUAUUAUUUUUUAACAGGGAAAGCUUGCUGUGUUAUCAAGGUUGUUAGCACCAUUUUACACAAAGGCAAAAGGUUAACUUUUGGAACUGACAAGCUCCUUUUUAUGUGUAUGUUUACUUGUGCUUUGUGAUAUUUCUGGAUCAUUCCGGUCAUCAAGACUGAUGACAUGUACUAUUUCUUGCUACCUUUGAAAAGGAUUUUAAGAAUGUAUAACCAACACUCCAUUACUUUUUAAUAGUAUGUAGAGGAUUUGUAUCUAAUUCAUGAAUGUAGUUUUACUGUAGUUUGUCAUUGUAAAUGAAGCAAAGUACAUUAUCUUUAUAGUUAUUCUAAAAUGUACAUUAUGUAAGAAUUGUAAAUAUACUUGAUUACUUUGUAUGCUGAAAACUUACAAUAAUAAGUCAAUAAAAAACCUCACUUCUAGCACAGUUAC